AUGUCGCUGCCUGCUUCUCCUCGUACAGGUCUUGAUGCUAACAGCCGAGAUCAAUGUCACGUCUUUUCAGCAGCAACAAUCAACCAACCCCAGUUCUUUCGCCCGUUCCUUCCACUCCGACCAGCUCCCGUCAUAGAGCCUCGUCCUGACGCCGUACCCGCUCACCCGCAGCGCCAGCCACAGCACCGCCGCCGUCACGCCCGUGUUGCACGUCAAGAUGGCGGGCCUGUCCUCGAGGACACCGGCAUCCGCCAGUAUGGCCCUCAGCGCCGACCAACCGAGCAGCUUCCCGCCGGCGGCGUCGACCAGGCACGCCACCGGCACGUUGAGCGCCCCCGGGAUGUGGCCGCGCGCGAAGCGGUCCGCGCUUCGGGAGUCCAGGAUCUGAUACUCGCCGCCGCCACUGAGGACCAGAUCUCGGAGCUCCUCGAACCCCAUCAUCCUCGUCGGGUCGGCGACCCGGUAGGUGGCGGGAGUGGCGUCCUCGGGAAGGGCCGCCGGGGGGCGGAGUCGUCGUCGGGGGUGGCCGUCCGCGACGUACUGCCGGAAGCUAUUGAGGACCCGCACGUCGCCGAAGCCAAAGUGCGCGAGCGUCCAGGCGACCCGGGGCGCGCAGCGGAUGCCGGCCUCAACCGUGUCGUACACGACGAGGGUGUCGUCGGCGCCGAUGCCGAGCCGGUGCAUGGCCGCGGCAAAGUCUCGGCAGGUCGGCAGCAUGACCGGGUAGCCAGAAGCGGUGUUUCUGAUCUCGUCCAGGUUAAGGAAGCUACAGGAGUCAUGGCAAGAUGGAUGGCACAGGAAUUAGCCAGCCAAGAUUGGUCAGUGUCUGGCUGCCGUCACUUACACCGAGUUGGCGAGGUGACAACGCGCAAAAGACGCUGCAUCAGCGUCUCGCCCGGCUGCGAUUAA